AUUUGAUAACUUGCCAGUCGAUUUGCUUGUACAAUCGACAUACCACACGGCUAAUAAGUAAAAAAUCUCUCUCAAAUAAACUUUGAUAAAUAAAUGAAAUCAGUGAAAAUUUAAUUGCGUACAUUUCUCUUACAUAUACAAACAUAAUAAGACAAGAAAAUAGAUACAAAUCAGUUGCUGCCACAAGAAGCAAGUGCACCUACACAGAUAUAGAUAUAAAGCUAUCGAAGACAUGGCGCAAAUAUUGGAAAAUCAAUUAUUUGCUGCUGCGCAGGUGAUUGAACAGCAGCUAGAUCAAGAGUUCGAUCGCUUGGACAACUUGGACACGGAGGACUUGAAAGCCUUACGUGAAAAGCGGAUACAGGAAAUGAAAAAGCUAAACAAUAAAAAGCAGGAAUGGCUAAGAAAUGGUCACGGCACGUAUUCCGAGUUGGCUGACGAGAAGGAGUUCUUUGAGGUAUCCAAGAAAUCGCCCAACAUUGUGUGCCACUUCUACAGAGAUAGCACAGAGCGCUGUCGCAUUGUCGACAUGCACCUGAAAAUACUCGCCGCCAAGCAUAUUGAGGCGAAAUUCUGCAAGGUGAAUGCUGAGAAGAGUCCCUUUCUGACACAACGUCUGCGCAUUAAGGUGAUACCAACUAUAGCCCUGGUGAAGGACAGUAAAACCAAGGACUUCAUUGUCGGCUUCUCCGAUUUGGGCAACUGCGAUGACUUUUCCACAGAAAUGCUCGAGUGGCGUAUCGCCCACUCGGGUGCUAUCGAAUACAAAGGUGAUCUGAUGCAGCCACCAGAUGUGAAACGAAAGCCGUUUAUAAACCGCCCACAGAAAACCAUACGUGGCGGCUAUGACUCCGAUGAUUCAGAUAUCGAUCUGGAUGACUAACGUGGCGCCCACAACAGUCCCCCAACCAAUACACAAACAAACAAAUCCACAAAGUUAUAAUUAAAAGUACACUAGGCUGCUUGGCACUUGGUUGCGCCGGAGAAACAGCAAAGAAAUGAAAGGAAAAUGAAUAUGAAUAUGAAAAGAAAAAGGAAAAACAAAUCAAAAAUCUAGCACAUGAAUGUAGAAAAGCAAUUAGGCAUACGUUUAGCGUUAUUUAUUUAAUUGUACAAUUCCAAUCAAGCUCCUGCUAAUCCUUCUAACAUUCAUUUGUAUCUAGCAUACGUUUUGCUCAUCCUUAACUAAUUAUGCUGCCUUCCCUUUACUCAUGGAUAGCUACUACUGCCCAGGUGGUCCUCGAGGACUGUCCCCCAGUCCCUAGUCCUAUUAAUCCUUUCCAUCACCCUUCGUUUUACAUUCAAACGGGCCUUAAACGCCUUCGGCACAAUAUGAAUAGCUCUAACUAGUUCAUCGUAAAUGGAUAAAAAAAACUUACAUACACGUAUAAUAACAGGAAAAGACAAAAACUGGCAUAUAUUUUUAACAAUAUUUGACCAUUUGCAGAAAUGCAUUUCCUAUUGUAGAAAUAACUAACUCACAUGUACAAGUUUUUUACAUUUAUUUUUGUAAUUCUACAAUUGCAUCCAACAUAAGAUCGUCUUCAUAUUAAAUUGCAAGUACGGAAA